AUGUUCUCACCAGAUGGAACAGCACAUUCUACAUGGUUGAGCGACUCUGAGCAGCGGAGAGCUGUCAGCGAGUUCUUCGAAGACAGCACGAAGCACUACCUUGCGCCACGGCAAUGGGCUCUGCUCAAGACCAUGGCAACCGUUUUGAAGCCGUUUGAGGAGGCAGCACGCCUCUUCUGCAUGGACACGUCGACGCUGGGACAAGUGUUGCCCCUCCUCACAUUCAUCGAGAGAACAGUCAGCCACACUACGACAGGUGCAGAGCUGGACACCCCGGCGUCCUGCCUUGCGUCAUGCCUGCUCAAUGAACUGAGCCUCAGUCGACAUUUGAAUGCUGUGAAGACAGAUGUUCAGUACUGGGCUGCUACCCUACUGGAUCCUCGUUUCUGGGACACACUUUCCACUCGCACAAGCGAAGAGGCCUCUGCAUCCCCAAAAUUGGAAAUUGUGCGAAGCUACCUACAGCAGAGACUCCAGGAUGUCCAUAGCCAGGCAUGCAAGGACAAGAGUGCGGCUGAAUCAUCACCCCAGAGCGCCCCCAGCACCUCCUCAGGCAGCUCACCACCCAGUAAUUUUCACUCAUGGUAUAACACAUCAAGCACAACAACUCCCAGGCCACGACAGGAAAGGCGGCAAACCAUAACGGUCGUCAAGGCGCAACUUGAUGCCUUCCUGGAAGACGAGGAAGUGGAAUGCUACAACUCGCAGAGCAAUCCCACCGUCUACUGGGAGAAAAAGCGGUACCUGUGGCCUGACCUGUACACCGUAGCUGUUGGAUACCUUGCCUGCCCUCCAACCAGUGUGUACUCCGAGAGGGUAUUCAGCACUGCAGGAGCCAUCGUGACCGACAGAAGGAACCGUCUCACACCGAAGAAUGUGGCAACCCUCAGUUUCAUUCGCAUGAACAGGGAAUGGAUCCCCAACAUUCUGCCUGCAAGAGUAGCCAACAGCCUCAGCAGUGCAGCAGAGACAGCACAGGCCAGCGCAGCUGAGGAGGAACUGUCUGAACCGGAAGAAGAGCCUUUUCUGGAAAAGAUGAUCUUUGAGAGUGGCGACUGCUAA